CGCUGCUGCAUUGGACAUGACUGGACCGCAUCCAGACGCGUUCCAUCUUCGGGCCGGCCGGCCGCCACUAUUAUCCGCCUAGCGAGAAGAGGAACACCAGAUCCGGUAUACUUAGAGCUGGAGCAGCCAACAAACCCAGGCUUCAGGAUCAGAAACAGUACCUAGCCAUUCUCGAUAAUUCGCCCGACAUGCGUUUCUCGCUGGUGCCCGCCGUUGGAGCUCUUCUAUUCGGUGCGACCCUCAUCACCGGGGCCCCUCCGAACGACGCCGCGGAAAUCCUCCAAGAUCUACAGCGACAGGCCGAAGCCAAGUUGCGCGAGACGAACAAACCAACCCCUAGUACCCGACCCGGAGAUGGAGACCAAACGUGCACGCUCGCCAACGCUGCCGUCCGCAAAGACUGGGAGCAUAUGUCUAGCAACCAAAAAAAGGACUAUAUCAAAGCCGUAAAAUGCCUGUGGAAGUUGCCGUCUGUCGAUCCGGACUUCUCGGCCGCGCAAAACCACUUUGACGACUUUGUCGCCGUGCACAUGAACCAGACCAACUUCAUCCACGGCACGGCCAACUUCCUUACAUGGCACCGCUACAUGAUGUGGCUCUGGGAACAAAAGCUGCGUAACCAGUGUGGCUACACUGGUUAUUUACCGUACUGGAACUGGUUCAAGCAUCAGGACGACCUGUACAAGUCCCCAGUCUUCGACGGCAGUGACACCAGCCUAGGUGGCGAUGGCGAGUACUUCGCGCACAACGGCAGCCUCGUCAGCGCUGGACGGAUCUGGUUGCCGUCAGGAAAGGGUGGCGGCUGCGUCAAGUCGGGCCCUUUUGUCGGCUACACAAUCAACAUCGGUCCGGUCCAGCCGGCCAUGCAAGGCUACACCCCCGUCGUCACCGACGUCAAGCACCUCAACCCGCGCUGCCAGCGGCGUGACCUCACCAUGGCCGCGUCCACGUCCACCUUCACAGCCGAGAACCUGCUCAACGUGACCCUCGGCCCCGCGUCGGCCACCAUCGGCCACUUCCAGGACGAGCUGCAAGGCACGUAUGGGACGCUCCGGCUCCACGGGGCCGGACACCACGCCAUGGGCGGCGACGGCGGCGACGUCUUCACGUCGCCCAACGACCCAGCCUUUUACCUGCACCACGCCAUGGUCGACCGCCUCUUCUGGAUCUGGCAGAUCCUGCAUCCGGCUGAAGCGAACAAAGUCAACGGCACCAUUACCUUCCGCAACACCCCGCCCAGCCGCGAGGGUACGGUCGAUGAUAUGCUCGAUAUGCGGGGGCUGGGGCCGGCUAUUCCUAUCAAGGAUGUUUUCAACACCCUUGGGGGCACUCCGUUGUGCUACAUUUACGUGUAGAUAGUUGGUCGUCUCGGGCGCUGGUGGA